UAUUUACCGCAAAUUUGAUACACUUCAUACGAAAUCGACUUCAAUGAGAAGUUGUUCUUUGUUCAAAACGCAAUAGGAUCUUCAAAAUGAAAAAGUUUUUUUCGUUCAUUUUAUUAAUUCAAGUGGAUAUUUUCACGGUUUUUGCUGCAACAAAUUACAUUUGUUCUAAUUCUUCGAGCCUAAUUUUUGUUUGUGAUGAUGCACCCAUUAGAAAUAUUGUGAACACUCAAUCAAACAUUGAAAAUUCAAAUCAAAUUGCAAAACGAGUUGAGAGUCCAAUUCCAACGUUUGAAAGUUUCAAAGUUGGAAAUCAAAUUAGUGAAAAUGCUAAAUUUAUUGACAAAAAUGGAGCAAUAGGACAAAAUAGUCAUAACAUCAGAGUCGAACGGUCUCCUGAUGGUGAGAGUAUGGAAAAUUCAGAUCAGCCGGUACACUCAACAGAACCAAACUCUAUUGUUGAACAAACUACUGAAGUACCGAAACCGAGAAACGAUUCACCUGAAGUGCAACCGCUUGUUCGAAAUCUUGAAGCCAAACCUCAAACUGCAGAACUACGAAGUGAAAAAACAGAAAGUGAAAUAACCGAAAUUCCGACGGAAAACAAAGCAUCGAAAGAAACAUCAAUUAAGGAAAAUAAAAGCCCACCACCUGCAGCUACACUAGUUGAAACAAAGCCUGCUGAAAAUUCUUUAUCAAACGUUGAAUCAAAAUCUGAAGUUAAAACUGAACAUUCAGCUAGUAUUGAAGUGAAACCGGAGCCUGACUCCAAAGAAAAUAAACGUGAGCCCACAGCUGAAGCAAAAACUAACGACAAAUCAGUCGAAAAAACACCAAGUAUCACUGAUGAAUCAAAUUUAAAAUGUUUCUUUGGUGAUGCUAAGACAAUAGAAACGUAUCCAAGGAACAAUUUCGUCUAUAUCAGUUACGAAAAUUGUCACUCUCCGCGACUGCCAACAACUUUUAAUACGUUUUCAGCGUAUAAAAAUCUAAAAGUAUUAAACAUUUCUAAUAUUGGUUUAGAAACUUUCGAGAUUCAAGGAGCAGAUCAUUUGGAGUCAAUUUUUGCAUCGUAUAACAACUUUACAGAACUUCCUCUUGGAUUGUUCUCGUUUAAUAAUUCGAUCAUCCAACUUGAUCUAUCUCAUAAUCGUAUAAAUCGAAUUGAUCCAGUUGCAUUUGCUGAUUUGGUGCAUUUAGAAAAUCUGAAUCUUUCGUGGAACAGUCUCAUCACAGUUGAUCCAAUACUUUUCGUCAAACAAGCUAACUUGCAAGAUUUAGAUCUUUCAAACAACCAAUUUGCCAUACUUGAUGCUCAACUCUUUAAUCAACUAUUGAAAUUAAAAAAACUUAAUUUAGCAAAUAACCACUUCAAUAGAAUUAAUUUUGAGCUAUUUUCUGGGCUUAUCAAUUUAAUUCAACUUGAUUUGAACGGAAAUCAACUGAUUGAUGUGAAUGGAUUUAAAAUCGACUCAUUUCCCAAGCUAGAGACCUUUGGUAUAAACGAUAAUCACUUCAAUUGCUCGUAUUUGGAAGUGUUUUUAGCAAAAGUGGCUCCCAAGUCUAUUGAUUUUGUGAAUGGUCAACUGGCACACGGUGCCAAUAUUCACGGUGUUUCGUGUAUAAAACCUGAUGGAUCAAUCGAAGGAAAAUUACAUACCAUGGCUAAUAAUAUUGAAGACGUUGUAUCGACAAUGAAAUUAUCAUUGGCACUGCUUUGCCUUACAAUGUUCGCGCUCAUCAUCUUUAUUGUGGCCAUUCGACGAAAACUAAACAAAGCCACGGGAAGAACUGCUAUUUAUGAACUCAGUGAGGAUGUUGAUGGACGAAAAGAGGGAACGGCUGUUAUUUGUACAUAGUAGGAAAGGAGUUGCAAUGGGGAAUGGUGAAAAAAGUCUAAAGUAAUCUGAUUUGAUGGAUAAAAGAAACAUAAUAAAAAUUGAAUAAGUACGCAGUUUUGGGAAUGGAAAAUUAUACCGCUUAAUCUCCUUUAUCUCAUUCUCAUGCAAUCCGUUUUGCUCUCCCAUUUCCUCAAUACCAAGCGUAAUAAUUGUUGUCGAUUUCCAAUCUAUUUUUCUGUAGCGUAUCAAUUUUUUAUAAAUGGUUGAAAGUGAAAAAAAAACAUUCCAUUCGUUGAUAAUCCAAAUUUAAUUUGGAUUUGAUUUGCUUGUUUAUUGGUUAUUCAAUGUUCAUUGCUGUCAGUUAAUAAAUGCAUAAAUAUUUACGUUUGCUAAUUUCCUUUUUGCCACUAACAUCAUUUUAUGGGAACAUUUUUUUAUUCGGUCAACAUUUCCACAGUAAAUGGGUGAUUUGAUUGGAUCGCAAUUUAAUAUAAAUGAAAUUAUUUGUAUUUUUUGUUACCGUCUGCGAAAUAAAUGUAUGGUUUGUUUUAUCAUUGUUCACAAAAUAAAUCCGCUUUCAUUCGGUCGUUUUAUUUGAAUUUGAUAUUUGGUGAUGGGUACAAAAGCAAUGCAGGGUUCGCAUCAAUUGAUUUCAAUCGACAUUUAAUUGCAUCCUUUUGAACUAAGACCAAUAUGUCAUCGUGUAUAAAAACAGAUUCCUUUUGCGCGACCCUGUGUUAUGAAUUAAAAACACAAUUUUACCUAACACCAAAUUUAUGGAUAAUUGAUACCUAAUUUAAAAUAUUUGUAAUAUUCUACGGAUUUGAUGGAAAUCAACAAUUCAAAUCGUUUUUUUUUUUUUGGUGAACAAAAUAUAGCUCAACUUUAAUAAUUGAUUUGAAUCGCUAUAAACUCACCUUAAUUCAGCAAAUAGUAGCAUAAGUUUAAAAGUAUUUUAAAGAGAAAAUUAAAUUCAUUAUAAUCGCUAAUAGAGGAUGGAUAUUUAGAAAAAAUAAUUGUUACAAAAUAACUCCAAUAAAAAUGUAAGAUCAGAGAGAUGUUAUUGGGAUAUUUUCAUAAAAAAA